GAUUCACAACAUGGAAUAUCAGUUUAGUUUGACGACUUUCCUUCUUCUAAUGAGUGUCCCCUUGUUGGUGUGGGCGGGAGAGUGCUGUAAAGCUCAUUACGACAUACUUCUGUCCUACAACGAGGAAAAGUGGUGUGACGAUUUUUGCUGUGUUCAGUUGGGAAAAUACGACUGCUGUAGUAAUGUCCUUCUUCAGGCGCCAUCUAACCAAAGGAAUUCCAUUUGCGCUGCUUACUUUUCUCAACAUAAGUGGGUACCAACACUCAUUGGACUUGGAUGUCUUGUUGUCAUUGUUGUAGUCAUUGUGUGCAUCUGUAAAGCGUGUUGUUGUCAGCGCAGAGCAAACGGUGGAGUUAUUCGCGGCGCAGCCCCAGGACUAACAGUAGUGAACUUGAACUCUGGAUUGACCACACCUCAACAACCCAGUUAUCCCAUACAACAACCAGGUUAUCCCAUGCAACACCAGCCUAACGGUCUGAUGCAGUCAACACCAAGCUAUCCAGCAUAAUAUGAUAUACUAGUAAUUCUUUAAACGGUUAUCUGAAUAUAUCAUGGGAUUGAUAUUGUUUGAAGUUUGAUAAAAUGUAUUCUUUCAAUCGCGCAUAGUAAUGACUUUUACACACUACUAUUUAUUUUAGGCAUUUUGCAAAAAUUUCUUUCCUUUAACGUUGUAGAGAUAUAAACCCCACAUGCAUGUGAUACAGGUAUAUUGUUGCAGAAGUAGGGAACUAACAUUCCUAGAUAUAUAUAUUUAAUUUUUUUUAAUCUUUUACAUAUAUUCCUUUGGUAAAGUGUUAUCAUUUAUGGUAUCUAUCAAAUAAAAUAUCCAUGAAACAAUAACUUUAAUGUGUACUACGCAGUUUGAUAGUAUUGAUAAGGAAUAUUUAUAUUUUGUACAUUUAACACAGAAUUUACUAAAUAUUAUUAAAAUACUGUUGUUAGGCAGCAAAUGAUAUGUAUAGAAAU